GACGCCGAUGUACAAAUCCUUUUAGCCCGUUAGCUUUAGCAGCUCUGCUGUGAUUCCGUACUAUUUAUUUAUUUUAUAUUUUAAUCCCAUAUUAAAGGCGGGUUAUGGCGGGUGUGUUAGAUGCACUGUGGGAGGAUAGAGAUGUACGAUUUGACAUCACACCGCAACAGAUGAAGACCAGGCCUGGUGAGGUGCUUAUCGACUGCUUAGACUCUAUUGAAGAUACAAAAGGAAACAAUGGUGAUAGAGGAAGACUGUUAGUGACCAAUUUAAGAAUCAUUUGGCAUUCUGUCGCCUUACCAAGGGUUAACUUAUCUGUGGGAUACAACUCUGUCAUAAACAUCACCACAAGAACAGCAAACUCAAAAUUGAGGGGGCAGACUGAAGCUCUUUACAUCUUGACUAAAUCAAACAACACAAGAUUUGAGUUCAUCUUUACCAACGUUAUUCCUGGAAGCCCGAGACUCUUCACAUCUGUCAUUGCUGUGCACAGAGCUUAUGAAACCUCUAAAAUGUACCGUGAUCUCAAACUAAGAGCAGCUUUGAUUCAAAAUAAGCAGCUGAGACUUCUGCCACGUGAGCAAGUUUACGACAAGAUCAACGGAGUCUGGAAUUUAUCCAGUGAUCAGGGUAACCUUGGUACUUUUUUCAUUACUAAUGUGAGAAUUGUUUGGCACGCCAACAUGAACGAAAGCUUCAACGUCAGCAUUCCAUACCUGCAAAUUCGUUCAAUAAGGAUUAGAGAUUCCAAGUUCGGACUUGCACUCGUCAUUGAAAGUUCUCAACAGACAGGUGGAUACGUUCUGGGUUUCAAAAUCGACCCGCUGGACAAGUUACAGGACUCGGUGAAGGAGAUAAAUUCUCUUCACAAAGUCUACUCUGCAAACCCCAUUUUUGGUGUAGAAUAUGAGAUGGAGGAGAAGCCUCAGCCGCUGGAGGAGUUAACUGUGGAGCAGCCGGCAGACGACGUGGAGAUCGAGCCAGAUGAACAGAGUGAUGCUUUCACAGCGUACUUUGCCGAUGGUAACAAGCAACAAGACCGGGAGCCAGUAUUUUCUGAAGAACUCGGUUUAGCGGUGGAGAAGUUAAAAGAUGGAUUCACGCUGCAAAGCCUUUGGGAGGUCAUGAGUUAAACAUGUAAAAAUCACACUAAUAUGCUGUUAAACCUUCAUACAAAGUAUUUUUAUAGUCAAACCCAGGAUUUAUGUUCGUUGUAAAAUAUAUUUAUUUAAUUUAUAGAUUGAAUGUAUCUAGAUGAAUGUAAAUGUAAUAUUAUUCAUAUUCAUGAGUAUGUAGUUAAUAUUAAGAACAUGUCAGUUUAAUGAUGACAUACACUGAUCAACCAU